AUGUCUAGUAAAACACCUAAUGACGUUUUACUUCGUAAAAGAACAGAUAGUAAUAGAAUCAAUAAGAACUUUGACUCAACACAUAAUAAUAAGAUAUCUACACGUUUGAAGGAUGUUUUUUUAUAUAGUCAACAACAUGAAGAGCUCAUGACAGCUUGCUCAAAAGGAAAUUUACAAAAGGUUAUUGAAUUAUUGGAACAAAAAAAAUCUGGACUAAAUCCUGACAUGAUUCGUGAUAGUAAAUUACGAACCCCUUUAUUAGUAGCUUGCGCUGCAGGUCAAGCAGCCAUCGUCAAAGAGUUGAUUAAAUGGGGUUCUGAUGUAAAUAACGCAAUGGGCGACAUUGUUGGAAAUAAACCGUUAGAUUUAGCUGUUAUUUCAAAUGAUGUAGAUACUGUGUUGGUAUUGUUAGAAGCAGGA